AAUGGAGUCAGAUGAACCCGAUUAUAUGUCUGAUGAUUUUUUGGCCAACCACCCUGCAGAAGAUGUAAGACCGGGGCUCCUUAUGUCAAGAGCCAAAAAACGAGAGCAUGAAGCUAUGAAGCGUAGCCAUGAGAAUCAAGAACAACAGAAACUGCUGAAUAAGAAAUUGUUUCAACAAAAAACAAGGGCGGAAGGUUUAAACAAACCGAUUGAUUCAACCAACAAAGGUUAUGCGUUGUUGCAGAAAAUGGGAUACAAACCUGGCACAGGAAUCGGAAAAAAUGAGACAGGCCGCACAGAACCGAUAGGCAUUUCUAUUAAAAAUGAUAGAAAAGGUUUAGGCAGAGAGAAUGCUAUCAAAGAGGUUAAUGCUUUGAAAGUAGCUCUUGGCACCAAAAGAAUGAGAACAGAAAGUAUAAGUGUUGAUAAUUACAGGGCACGGGUGGCCGCUGAAGCAGCAGAGAGACAAGCGAACGGUGACCUCAGAAGCAGCCAAAGAGUUUGUUAUGAGCUUGACUCUAAGGAGGGCACCACAGAACCCUUAGAGGCUUGGUUUUGGCCUCCAAGAGAAGAGGAGACUAAAGAAGAUGAUGAAAGAGAAGAAGAUAUCUCCGAAAGCGACAGUGAUGAAGAUAUCAAAGAGUUGACAGUCCUUGAAAAGCUAAAACUUGUUACUGUUUACUUAAGAUCAGCUCAUUUGUACUGUGUGUGGUGUGGAGUGCAAUAUGAUAACAGUGAAGAUUUAGAUCAGUCUUGUCCUGGAUCAACUAGAGAAGAUCAUUGAAAUUGAUUAACUGAGGUUCAUAACCUAUGUUAUAAAAACCUAAUUUCCUUUCAUAAGUUAAUAAGCUAGUAUCAAAUUGGAUCUUGAAAAUCAAUCUUAAAAAUAAUAAUUUGCUUUGUGUAAAAUCUCCAACUGAAUUAUGUGCAGCGCAAAAAUUUAAGCAAUCCACUGUUUAAUGAAAAACGCUGUGUAACAGUCAAAUUCACCAUCUCCUUGACGUCCUUGCAGCAAAUAUGUAUAUUUUUCCUUAACUAAGGGGAUAAAACAUUGCAGCAUCCCUCUGUCUUAAGUUGCACAAUUUGCAGAAUAAACUUUGGUCGCUGAUUGGUGUUUAAUUGCGGUUAGGUCAUGCUUACUGCCUCCAACAUCUUACUUCUGCUGAGCUUGAUGAUGAUAUCGAGGCUGUAGUUAAGGAUCAAGACAACAAUGUUGAAUAUGAGAAUAAAGAUCCAAAUAUUGUCCCAGUCAUAAGCAAGCAAGCCUUGAAGGCUACUCUUUUGUUAAGCGUAUUCGUGAGAGCCACAAAGUCAACAAAUCCUUCUGUGAACGAAUUUCAUUGAUUGACAGCAAAAUAGAGGACAGGCCUCCACCGUAGACUCAAAAUAAACAGACGAAAA